AUGCCUCGUGAAAAACACCAUCAGAUCACUGAUAAUGUGACAAGUAUAUCAACUGGACUCGAGGAAGUCACGAUGAUGGUAUCGAUAAUGUCUCAUUUGAACAAUUUGGAAGCAGAGAAGCAGAAGUAUCAGGCUCAACGACGUCGCCUUUGCCAAGAAAAUGCUUGGCUACGUGAUGAGCUGAGUUCGACGCAGAUCAAACUGCAAACUUCCGAACAACGAGUCGCCACUUUGGAGGAAGAGAAUAAGCAUCUCAAGUACAUGAACUCAAUUAAACAGUUCGACGACGACAUCCAAAAUGACGUGAAAUCUGCACCGUCUGAGGCAAAUGUACCAUCAACGAAUGACACCCUUCAAGACCUUGGCUUUGGUCCCGAAGACGAAGAAGAUCUACAGUCUAGUCAAUUUGCUCAGCCUACUCCCGCUCAUUCGAUGGCAGCUUCAGCGUCUGUGGGCUAUGAAAUCCCAGCUCGACUUCGCACAUUACACAAUCUGGUGAUCCAAUACGCGUCACAAGGACGUUAUGAAGUAGCCGUCCCUCUCUGCAAGCAGGCUCUCGAAGACCUUGAGAAAACUAGUGGUCAUGAUCAUCCUGAUGUUGCUACGAUGCUGAAUAUUCUCGCACUUGUUUACAGGGACCAAAACAAGUACAAAGAGGCAGCUAAUCUUCUCAACGAGGCCCUUGCUAUUAGGGAGAAAUGUCUAGGAGAAAAUCACUCCGCGGUGGCCGCUACUCUUAACAAUCUGGCGGUCCUUUACGGAAAGCGUGGAAAGUUCAAGGAUGCUGAACCAUUGUGCAAACGUGCUCUCGAAAUUAGGGAGAAGGUGCUUGGUCAUGACAAUCCUGAUGUCGCUAAGCAACUGAACAAUCUGGCUCUUCUCUGCCAAAAUCAAGGAAAGUAUGAAGAAGUUGAGCAGUACUACAAGCGUGCGUUGGAAAUCUACGAAAGCAAACUAGGCCCCGAUGAUCCCAACGUCGCAAAGACCAAAAACAACCUUUCUUCCGCGUAUCUGAAACAGGGCAAGUACAAGGAAGCGGAAGAGCUCUACAAACAGAUCCUGACUCGAGCUCACGAGCGUGAAUUUGGCAAGAUCGGAGAGGACAACAAGCCAAUUUGGCAGAUUGCCGAAGAUCGUGAAGAAAUCAAGCAGAAGGGAGGAGCCGACACGGGUCCAAUCGCCUACCACGAUCACGGUGGCUGGCACAAAGCUGCAAAAGUGGAUAGGUUGGUCCCUAGGCGAAUUUCAUGUUGA